UUAUUUGUAAUUGUAACCUCUGCUCGCGACGAUGGCGAUUUUCUACUUAUUGGCAAUAUCUGUUGCUGUUAUUUUACUGUAUAAGAUCGCAGUGUUGUUUUAUGAAGAUUAUAUCAUGCGGAAAAAGCUCAGCCACAUUCCCGGGCUCGUUUCUUUUCCUUUAAUUGGGACGUUAUCUUCUACAUUUUCAUUUCUGCAAAAGAAAAAAGAUCGUAUACAGUGGUUUAUGUCGCAAUUGGACAAGUUUAAAGAUGGAAUUUUUUUAUUUUGGGCAGGACCGCGGCCAUUAAUUUGCUUAUAUAAACCAGAAAUGAUAAAAGCCAUUCUUUCAAGCAGCAUGCACAUAAACAAAUCGAAAAGUUACGAUUUAUAUAAACACUGGCUGGGCACUGGACUUGUUACCUCCGAAGACAAACAAUGGUUCCGAGACAGGAAGCUCCUUUCGCCAAUGCUUCAUUUUAACGUACUGGAGCAGUUUGGUGUGAUAAUGUCUGAGAAAACGGAACUCCUGCUAAAAAAACUGGAGAAUGAGAUUGCGGAAAAUCCAGGGAAGUUUAUCAACAUUGCCCCCAUUAUAGACAAUGUCACCCUCGAAAUUACAUUCGAUACUAUAAUGGGUAUAAAUGUGCAUACUUCAGAAGCUAAGGCUAAUUAUGUCAACUGUACACAGAAAUUGCUUCAACUGAUUUCGCUGCGUACGAGUCAACCGUUGUUUUGGAUAGACUGGAUAUAUAAUUUGUUUCAAGCAGGAAGAGAAUAUAAAAAGACGCUUCGCGAAAUGAAGGAAUUUACGAAAUACAUAAUACAGAAGAGGCAAUUCGCACGUAAAAUACAAAAUGGCAAAUCGCAGAAUAAUGACAAUGACUUUGAAAUGGCAGCCAAGCCGAGGGAGAAACCCAUACUAGAACUUUUGUUAGAAUUAAAUGAAAACGAAAACAACCUGCUGUCUGACGAAGAUCUGAUAUCACAUGUCGAUACAUUCAUGUUCGCGGCUUACGACACAACGUCGACUACGCUCAACUGGGUACUCUACUGUCUAGGCAGUAAUCUUGAACAUCAAGAGAAAGUCCACGAAGAAAUAGACCAAGUUUUCCAAGAUUCGCAAAGUCCAGCAACUAUGAAGGAACUCUCUCAAUUAAAAUAUCUCGACAGAGUCAUGAAAGAGUCUAUCAGAUUAUAUCCAACCGUGCCAUUGAUUGCGAGACGAAUCAUGAGGGACACAAACAUAGAUGGUUACGUGAUCCCGAAAAACAUCACGGUCCUCUUGUCGAUCAUCUUGUUGCAUCGUAACCCGUCGGUCUGGCCAGAUCCGUUGAAGUUCGAUCCGGAUCGAUUCCUACCCGAAAAUACGAGACGCAUGCAUCCGUAUGCCUUCAUCCCGUUCAGCGCCGGACCGAGAAAUUGCAUCGGGCAACGAGUCGCCUUGCUCGAGGAAAAGAUGUUAUUAACCGCUGUACUGCGAAAGUGGAGGAUCAAGAGCAUGGAGGAGCCCACGGAAUUAAAUCUGUGCGACAACGUUUUACGGCCGCAACACGGAGCUUUCUACAUGUAUUUAUCACCUAAGCAGUAAAACGAGAUAUAUGACGCGAUUUAACGCUGACGUGCAUCAAUUAAACUUUAUAAAUUAAAAAAAAAGAAGAGAAAAACAAAUGUUUCCUUCCUGUUUUAUCUUCUUUUCAUUUACAUACACAUAACUACAUACUCCGCAGCGCGCUUACUCGCUUUCCCAAAAAAACUUGUAUUAUGCUUUACACGCGUUUCCGACAGAAUGAUUUAGUGCGUAACGAUGCUAAUAUCAAUCAAUAACUCUAGACAAGUAGCAUCCCGCGUGAUAAUACAUGAGUGCUUGUCCAAUUCGGCUCGGGAACGAGACAUUCUCGAUGUGUUCAGGUGUGGGAGAAAAGAUCAAGGCAAUAAAUAAAUACGACGCUGUUAAGCGAG